UAGUAUAGCCAAUAUGGCGACUCUUGUGUGAAUUUACCAGGUGAAACGGAGGAAAAUAUUGAAUGGAGAUGCUGUCGUUUGUUUACAGCUAGUGUUGGCGACAUUUCAUAUCUAGGAGAUACAUUUACUGGAGGAGUGUGAAUUCUACUAAGGAAAAUGACGACGGAUAAGGUUAAAGUCGCUGUUAGGGUUCGCCCUAUGAAUAAGCGAGAGCUGGAUAUGACAACGCAGAUCGUGGUGGAUAUGGAGAGAGAUCAGACGAUUCUACGUCCAUUAAAAGACAGACAUGAUGGGACUGGUCGCAAGGUGCCAAAGACUUUUGCCUUUGACCAUUGUUUCUGGUCCAUGCGUCCAAAUGAUCCGAAAUUUGCAGACCAAGAGUCAGUAUUCAACUGUCUGGGCAACGACAUCUUGGAGUGUGCCUACGAGGGAUACAAUGGCUGUAUAUUUGCUUAUGGACAAACAGGGUCGGGGAAGUCAUACACGAUGAUGGGGACGAAGGAACAGAAGGGAAUCAUCCCUCGCCUCUGUGAUGCUCUGUUUGACCACAUCGCCAAGGUCACUAAGGCAAACCUGUCUUUCAAGGUGGAGGUGUCCUACAUGGAAAUCUACAAUGAGAAAGUCCACGACUUGCUAGAUCUGACAGGGAACAAACAGAACCUUAAGGUUCGGGAACACAACAUUUUGGGGCCAUACGUGGAUGGGUUAUCUACCUUGGCAGUCGGAUCCUUCCAGGAUAUAGACAGUCUGAUGAGUGAAGGGAACAAAUCUAGAACAGUAGCAGCGACCAACAUGAACAGUGAAAGUAGCCGAUCUCACGCAGUCUUCAAUAUCAUCAUCACACAGACACUCACCGACCUCCAGUCAGGGGUGUCGGGGGAGAAAGUCAGCAAGUUAUCCCUGGUGGAUCUGGCAGGGAGCGAGCGAGCCCAGAAGACCGGGGCAGUUGGGGAGCGGCUCAAGGAGGGCAGCAACAUCAACAAGUCACUGACCACUCUCGGCCUCGUCAUCUCCGCGCUAGCAGACUCUGCAGCUGGGAAAAACAAGAACAAGUUCGUCCCAUACCGGGACUCUGUCCUAACAUGGCUUCUCAAGGACAACCUGGGCGGCAACUCCAAGACUGUAAUGGUGGCAACCAUCAGUCCAGCUGGCGACAACUACGAAGAAACAUUGUCCACGCUGCGCUAUGCAGACCGAGCCAAGAGGAUUGUCAACCAUGCUGUCAUUAAUGAGGAUCCAAAUGCACGAAUAAUCCGAGAACUUCGUGAGGAGGUUGAGACCUUAGUGAAGCAGCUCAAUGAAGCACAGAACAUGCGAGCUCCGGACCUGAAGGAUCGUCUGGAGGAAUCAGAGAAGUUGAUGAAGGAGAUGAGCAAAACAUGGGAGGAGAAGCUGGCUGAAACGGAACGUAUACACCAGGAACGCCACAAGGCUCUGGAACAAAUGGGCAUCUCUGUGGAGACGUCUGGCAUCAAGGUGGAACAUGAAGGGGCGUUCCUUGUCAACCUUAAUGCUGACCCGUCCCUCAAUGAGCUGCUUGUCUACUAUCUCAAGGAGCACACGAUGGUUGGGCGGCCGGAUGCGCCCACCCAACAGGACAUCCAGCUGCGCGGGCUGGGCAUUAUGCCGGAACACUGUCUUGUGGAUGUCGAUGGUCCAGAAGUCUACAUCACACCACUAGAGGGAGCCAGAACGUGUGUUAAUGGUGCCGUCAUCCACGAAAGAAAGAAGGUCCGACAUGGAGAUCGUAUUCUGUGGGGGAAUAAUCACUUCUUUCGUCUUAACUGCCCACGACCAACUAAUAGUCCCCAGACCCAGCAUGCUGACCCAUCAGAACAGAAGAUCGACUAUAACUUUGCCCAGCAGGAGCUGAUGAUGCAAGAACUGUGUGACGACCCCAUACAGGAAGCCAUCUGUGCCAUUGAGAAACAGCACGAGGAAGACAAGCAGGAGGCCCUGGAGAAGCAGCGCCAGAUGUACGAGAGGCAGAUGCAGAUGUUGCGGAAUCAGUUGAUGUCUCCAGGCACCCCAUCGUACCCCUUCCCCCCAUUUGAUGCCACUCGCCUCACCCCAACAGGAAACAUGAACACACAGAACAGCAUCCAGAAGAAGUACCAGCAGUGGGCACAGGACAGAGAGAAGGUGUUCCUGCACAGCCUCGUCAAGCUGCGGGAGGAGGUGGUCAAAGCCAACACUCUGGUUAGGGAGGCCAACAACCUGGCAAAGGAGAUGGGCAAGCAGACUGAGUUCCACGUGACACUACAGAUACCUGCUGCCAACCUGAGCCCCAACAGGAAGAGAGGAACAUUUGUCAGCGAACCCGCCAUCCAGGUGAAGCGGCGUGGUCGAGCCAAUCAGAUCUGGUCGAUGGAGAAGUUGGAGAACAAGAUCAUUGACAUGCGUGAGAUGUAUGAAGAGCGCAAGUCACAGGGACUUCCGAUGAUGGUACAAAACGUCCUGGGAGUCAGUGACUCUGAGAUAUUUCAUAAAUGUGAAUAAAUAUUUGUGAAUAUAAUAAAUUGUUGUUCAUUUGACUGACUGUGUUUUUCUUCAGGACGAGGGCCCCCAGUCAAAGGCGACCCUUUCUACGAGUCUCAGGAGAAUCACAACCUUAUCGGGGUGGCCAAUAUCUUUCUGGAGUGUCUGUUUUAUGACGUGAAGUUGGACUACCAUGUACCAAUCAUCAGUCAACAAGGCGAGGUUGCGGGAAAGCUGCAUGUGGAGGUGUCCAAGAUGGGUGGAGCUGUUUUGGACCGCUACGUGGACCUGACAUCUGAAAGUGGGGACGAGGAUAAUAAUGUGCCCAUGGGAGCCCCACUGAUGGUGCGGAUCAAGAUCCGAGAAGCCCGUGGUCUGCCGCCAGCCUUGUGUAACUUUGUGUUCUGUCAGUACUCAUUCUGGGGGGAGCGAGACCCCAUGGUGGUACCUCCCGAGGUCAACCCAGAGAUCAUCACCAAGCAGGACACUGUCUCCUUUAUAUUCAACCAUGAAAAUGACAUCCGCAUCCCGAUAUCCGAGGAGUUCAUAGAGCAUUGUUCUGAAGGUGCACUGUCCAUAGAAGUGUGGGGCCACAGGAGUCAGGGCUUCGGACUCAACGGUACCAUGAUGGAGUCGGCUCAGGCCAAGACACGCACGCUAUCAGACAGAUGGAACGAGGUGAUGAGGAAGAUUGAGUUCUGGUCAGAGGUGCACGAGUUGAAUGACCAGGGAGAGUAUAUGCCAGUCGAAGUCAUGCCCAAACCUGAUGUCCCCACCGCUGGUGUCUUCCAACUCCGACAGGGUCACUCCCGGCGCAUCCUUGUGCGUGUCAAGCCAGUGGCCAACUCUGGGACACUGCCUCUCAUCUGUGAGGCUAUCACAUCGGUUUCCAUUGGUUCCAUUUCUGUGCGAUCCAAACUUCAGAAGGGUCUGGACAGUUACCAAGAGGAGGAUUUGAAUCAUCUCCGUGAGCGUUGGUCUGAUGCCCUCAAGAGGAGGAAAGACUACUUAGAUGAGCAGAUACAGAAGCUCAUCAACAAGCCAGAUAAAUCUGAGGCUGAUUCUGAGAGGGAAAGAGCACUCAUUGAGCAGUGGGUGUCUCUGACAGAGGAAAGGAAUGCUGUUCUGGUGCCUGCCCCCGGAAGUAGUAUACCAGGGGCACCUGCAGACUGGGAUCCCCCACAUGACAUGGAGGAGCACUCCCCAGUCCUGUUCCUGGAUCUUAAUGCAGAGGACAUGAGCACCCCAAGUGCCAAGGAAGGCUCUCAAGCUGCCGGUAUCAACUCCAUCCUGCCCAAAGAACAUGGAGCUCAGUUUGUUUCACUGCCGAUCAUCAAGAGCUUCACAGAAAAGGAAAAUGUGUGUGCACUGGUAUCCUGGGACUCCUCCAUCCACGACUCUCCCCACCUGAACCGAUUAACGCCCACCAAUGAGAGGAUAUAUGUCAUCCUAAAGGCAGUUGUCCGCCUGAGUCACCCCGCAUCCAUGGAGCUAGUCCUUCGCAAGCGAGUCUGCAUCAACAUCUACAAGAAGCAAAGUCUCUCCUCCUUCACCAACAUCCUCAAGAACAGGUUUAUCGGAGGGGACUAUCUGUAUGCCAGUGGUAUCACCUAUGAGGUUGUGUCCAACAUUCCAAAGGGGUCAGAGGACCUGGAGGGUAUGGAGACCCUGGCACAGAUGGCCGCUAGUCAGAAUGAGACCAAAGCUGUGGAUGGGGAGACCUACAUCGAGAAGUACAUCAAGGGAAUCUCGGCCGUGGAGAGCAUCCUCACUAUCGACAGGCUUCGUCAGGAGGUCGUAGUCAAGGAACACCUUGCCGUCAGUGGGAGAUCAUUACGGAAGACCACCAGUGUCCCUAACAUCAAUCAGAUGCUAACCUCACCCACCAAGCUUGAAGAUCAGAUACGAGCUGACAGCAUACAGGAUCUCACCAGUGAUGCCGCAUUGUCAAAAUCCCCGACUUUUGCGGGUGAGUUUCGACAACGAGCAUUUUCCGACGUGAACGAGUCCAUGAUCGCGUCUUACCGCAGGGAAGUGGGUCGUCUUAAAAAGCUUUCGGUCGGCCUAGCCCGCCCGAGCUUCCUCAACCUCCGUUCUAGUACCAAUGGUAACUCGGCUAAGCGUACGUUUAAACUAUUGUCUCGUUUCUUCCGUGAAGAACAUGCAUCCCCCAAGUCUGUGCUGAGUCCCCACACAUCCAAGCUGGUGAAGCCGAUGAGGACUCUGAUUGAGGAACAGCACCAGAGAGAGUCUCGGCCACUUCUACACCAAGACACAGAGGAGGACUUGGAUGAUGAAGAGGAGUUGAUACCAAAGUCAGUAUCUCGCCUUCAGCAACAGGACCAUGAUUCACGCAGUCUUGACUCAGAUGAUUUUCAGGAUUUUGAGUCAUACCAGAGCCAGCAGACAGCUCGUGUGCAGAGAGAGGGCGCUCUGGCUCUUAGUCACAUGACCCACUCCUCCACCAAUGACAGUCUAGUGGAGGUGCAGGCGAAGAGCUGCACACCCAGUAUGACGUCCAGUGGCUAUGGCUCUCAAGCUGUGUCCUCUCUCACCUUGUCUUCAGAGGAUUCACUCAGUGUUAAGAGCAUUGAUGACAAUGAGAAUAUCAAAAACAAGACAGCUCACAAGUCUGGCAGCACAGAACACAGUGGAGACAGCGAUGAGGAGGACCAAGCCAAGGUAGAGAAUGAGGACCACGCAAAGAUGGAAGAUGAGGACCAUGCCAAGGUUGAUGGUGAUACGGCCAGAAUGGGCGGUGGCAAUUCUGAAACAACUCUUGAUGAUUCCAAUGGAUUGGUUCAAAAUGAUUCAAAUGAUUCUGGUGAUAAUGACACUGGUGGUAAUCGCAAAUCCCGAUCCGAUUCUUUGCUUGAUGAGGGAGUGCCUGAGAUUCAUGAUGCCCCUCUCAAGCCUAUACCGACGCCACCUCCCAAUGGGAAAGAGUUUGAUUUCAGUCAGACGGAGAAUGAUCAUGAAGCUGUGAAAUCUGCUGCUGAGACAUCCAGCCAUGAACCUCUCUCACGUAUAGACUCAAGCAACUCUGAACCAAGUGACAGUGCAAUAGGUCGUGGCGAUGGGGACAAUGAUCCAUAUAGUGUAACUGCAAUGGAGGAACUGGAGAAGCUUGGGGAAGAUGAAGGAGCUGACUCAGAGACCGUGGACAAAUCUUCUUUAGGAAGUGCCAAGCCAGAGGUAAAGGAUACCCCAAGAUUGUCUGUAUCUGAAUCAGAGAACCUUGACAAGAAGACGCAAGGCAAGACCACCGAAACGCCAGUUGUUGGUUUGAAAUCUUCUUCUUUGUCAAACAUUAUUUCACCUAAGACAGACAAGUCUGCAUUGUUGGGUAGUGGACAGAAAACACCUGAUUCUAAGGGAGUUGUACGUCGGAAGGGAUCCGGGUCACGCCAGCGUCCAAUGUCCUGCACAGUCUCACCUCAGAUCGACACAGCCAUGAAGGCGUGGCAGGAGGACCUCGGUAUGGACAGGAGAAGUAGUCUUCAUGUGUCAGAGGAUCAGCUAAAUGCUAUGGAUGACUCCCUGAGUGAGUGCUCCUUUGGAAGCAGAGCUGACCUAGACCGUCUGCACGAUGGCCCAGUCCCGUCCUGGAUUCAGGAGGGGGAGUUUGUGACUGUCACUUCCUCUCGUGUGGGGCCCAAGACAGGGGUGGUACGCUUUGUGGGGAACGUGGAGUUUGCAGCGGGUCCCUGGAUCGGGGUGGAACUGGAUCUGCCUGAAGGUAAAAAUGACGGCUCUGUGAAUGGUGUUCGAUACUUCAAAUGCCGUCACCGACAUGGUGUCUUUGUCCGAACAGAGAAACUUAUCUGGGACAAGAAGAGGAAAGGGUCAAGGAAGAGUCUGUCCUCAAGUCGUCGGAGCUUAGUGGGAUCGUCCAGCAACUUGUCGCAUUCAUCUUCUAACAUUUCCCAGCAGUCCAGUGCAGGGGGGUCGUACAUGCGAGCCACUUCCGCCAGCCAUGCCAAGAAAAAAUGAGCUGAUGUUUAUGCUGACUUUGCAUCAUUUCUUAUCUCCAUAAUAAAUAGAUAACGUUGACAUAUCAUUGCAAAACCCAUACCCUUCAGGAACUAGUGCGUCGCAGGGGAGGUAUAGAGACGACAUAAGUCAGCCUCUAUGUACAUACAUAGUCAGUCAGAGUUGAUUUUACAGAUUUACAAAUUUCAUCUUUGAAGGGAACUGACUUUGGGUUAGGAUUUGCCCAAGUUGUAGAUGUACUAAAUGGCUAUCGUCAUUUCUUGUUUCCUGUCUCAUUGAAUAUAGUCCAUAAAUUAGUCCUGAAACUGCUUCAGACUUUGGUGAACUCCAGUCAAUACUGUUAGUUCUCUCACUUUCAGUUGGCAUAUAUAUAUAUAUAUACAUAGUUGAACAUAGUUGUUGUGAUUUGUUAAAACUUUUAGCUGCCAUUUGUAUAUUUGAGACUGAUGUGCAUAUUGCUAUGUAUAGUUGAAUCUGUUUAUCUGUAUUGUGAUAAGAACAAGCUUUAUCAUCAAGCUUUUCCUGUUGUGAAAUAGAAGAUGGUUGUUUGUGAUUCAUUUGCAGAGAUUUGUCACUUUUCUUAUGUUACCAAUGAUGCAUGAUACGUCCUUUAUAGGACUCUUCAUAAUCAGAUGCAGAUGACCAUAAUCCUUGACUUGUCAGUGACAACCCUUGGCACAAGUGGGCAUGGAUUACCUGCCCUUAGUUUCAACCUCUUGGGUUGUCCCCCUUUAUCAUCACUUCUGUGAAGGUUCUCACAGCUUGGCAAGACUGUUUAAUUUUGAAGAUGUUACAUUAAGUUUGCAGUUUGAAAUGAAAUUCAGUUGUUUGCAUGGAUGGAACUGGCUUGAUCAACAGAAUGUGAAUGUGCAACAGAACGUGGCUGAUCAAGAGAAUGUGAUUGAAGUGAACAGAAUGUUCAAACAGACGAACACAGAGUCAAAUUGUCGGAACUUCUUCAUAAUCCAGAGAUAAUUCAGAAAUAAGCUGAGUAUUUGAAAGAGGACCACUUGCUGAAUGUGGAGUCACAUGUCCCACUCCAAGAUCAAAAUGGAAGCCUGUGACAAACAAGAACAGAUGAGACAUAAGUUUUGCCAGAUUUUUACUGGUGUUUGUUUACUAGUAUUUGUUAUGAUAUUGUCUGACUACGUUAAAAGACUCAGUAAGUGUUGUUGCUGUUGGAGAUCCACCCACUGAGGGGCCUGGCCAACAUCUGGACUUCCUGUACACAUUAGUGUUACAAUGUUUGAGAUGGACGUAAGAAGGAAGAUUCUGUCACAAGACUGACACAAGAUGGAUUACAGAAGAAGUUGAUGAAUAACUUGUUAAUUUCUACCAAGUUUGCCAAGAAUUUCUUGAAAAUAUUUCAUCAGUUUGUUGGAGAUGCGAAGAGAGCAGUUGCUACAAUCUUUUAUGUGUGACAUCAGAAGUCCAGCCCCAGAAACCAUAAUAGCCUUGAGUUGUGGAAGGUCAUGAUAUUAUCGUGAGAGACAGAUCCAACUGUGACAAAGAUUCCUGUCUACGUUGUGGAGUCCCUGACAAGCUACACUGAUGGCUGCUUCCUCUUCUGCAUAAUACACACAGCAUCUGUCACGGGAAACCGCUCAGCUAAACAGAAUCAUUCCCAGCAUUGUCGGUGUUGAAUCACCAUGGAAACAAGAAGGAGUAUUAGCUUUCGUUAUUUCGAAUGCUUCUUCUAUCUGUUCAAGGUAUGGUGGUAACCCUGCAGGCGACAUCUGUUAGGGCAACAUCAGGUAGAAGCUUAGUGCUAUUGAAGACAGAAUCAAAUUAACCUGAAUCUACAAGAACAUACUGCUUAUGAAAGAUUGACAUGACUGUGUCUUCAUGGUAGAAGCUACAAGAGUAGUUCUAUCGUAGGCGGUUUGCCACAAGAGUGCUAGAAGAAUAUUGUCCGAGCAGUUUGAUCUCAUGUAAGCUGACUGUUGUGUAGUUAAUGGAUGAGGGUAGCCAAGAUAUGAAGGAGGACAAGGCAAUCAAAGCUCACAGUAGUGCAAUGGUGUAAAUAAUGGCAACUUUUACAUACAACUUUAUUUAUUUGAAUAUUUGUAAUUAUAUACAUUCAAGAUAGAUGUUAUUGCUCAAGAAUAUAGUCAUGAUACAUACUUUCUUUUUCCUUCAGAUUAGUUAAGUCAAACUAUGCCACUGAAUUUUUAAACCAACCUGUGAAUGUUUAUGUAGAUAUAGGUGUAUACAGUAGUGCCUCCGUUACUGUCUGACAUCAUAGUGCUGUUGCCUCUGGUGGGGGCAAUGCCCUUGUCUCACACUGACCCAAUAUGUGCCCAGGCCUAAUGACCCAAAUCCACAUUGAUCAUAUACAACCAAGUACAGGGUGCUGGGGAGUAACAAUUCAUUGAACCGUGAUUAUCAUCAUUAUCCAUGGCAGAUAUCAGUAUAUAGCUGCAGAUAUCUUCUGUUAACAUGGAUGCCAACCAAGCCAUGUUGACACAUGUAAUUAAUUCUGUUAAUCAUUUAUUGGUUUAAUUAUUGUUGUACCUUGUUUGAAGAGACAGGUAUCUAGUCAGAUGACAUAACCUAAAGUACACCAUAUUUACUAUAUACACCUACAGUUUCUCCUGUGAAUCUAGAGCACUUUCCAAAUAGUCUGGGGAUUGUGGAGGAGCUUCAUGGUCAAAACAUUCGACAUCACGCUGCUGGCCCAGGUUGUGUACAAUGUAUGGAACCCAUUGUUGGUGUCUCUGCUGUGAUAUUGCUGGAAUAUUGCUGAACACUCUCACUCACUCACCCACUCACUGCUGAAUCUAGGACUUGGCAAUUGCAUCAUUUUGUCAUGUGAAAUAAUGGAUGGAAAUCUUCAUUGAAGCACAUUUUCAAAUGCUUGUCAAACUAUCGCAGUGCUAUGGCAAUAGUGACCUCAAUAAUCCCCCUAUUGUGGACUUGACAGACCCAUGAAGACAUGUUACUCCACACUAGAUGUGAACAUAUUUGCUUAUCUGUAUGCUAAUUCAACUGAUACAUUCAACUUCAUAACUAAUACUUCUUUGGUAAAGUAUAAUACGACAUCAUAUUUCAGUUAAAGACUACAGGGUAUAAUGAAAGCAGUUUCAUGAAAGCUGACAAAAUGGCUGGAUUCACAGCUGUGAUCUCAAAGAAAUAUACCAAAUAAGAAAAUCUGUAGUGUAUCUGAAUCUGUUUAGUUUGAAUAUUUUGAAGAUGUACAAAGUUAUACCAGUAGGUAGGUACAUCAUGAAAUCAAAUCUGCAACUCCCCACCACAAUACCGAAAUAGCUUCAUUCACUAGCCACACAAUGUUGAACAGUUUAUAUGUGAUAAUAUAUUGAUUUGUAAUAAUAAUUUAUCCUGCCUGUGCUAUGAUGAGGAACAGUGUACAAACAGCACUGCCCGGCAUAUACAUGUAUAUAUAUAUACUAUAGGAUGAUGGUGUCAUACUUGUUUUUCCAUACUGUACAAUGUAUAAACCCCUAGUCCUACCUUCAUCUUCACACACAUCCAUCAAUUGUUGAAGUUUUAAAAAAAAAAAGACAAGCCCAUGAAAUGGAGAUACUUCUCUUGUCCAUUUAAGCCUAUAUUAAAACGUUUACAUCAUUCCAAAGUUUAAUUUGGUCAAAGUUAAAUGGUGCUUGCUACUAUCUUAACAUUGCAGGAUAACACUGAUAUUAUUGCCAAGUUGGCCAGCUCUAGUGUGUAUUUACUAGAAAAUAUCAGCAUCUGUUUAUGUAGCCAAAUCUGCUGUUGCAGAUUUUAAGGCAUAGCUGCCUGCUGAUUCUGCUUAGUCAGUGUUCACCAGUACAGGACCUUGAUGCAUUUAAUUACUGUGUUGUUAUUGUAUUUCUGUGUAUCAUCCUCUUUAAUUGUGCACAUUUGAUUAUCAGAUACACGUUUGAAUCAUUUAUUGUCCUCAUACAACAACCUCUAUAUAUGAAGACAGAUGCACCUUUGUUUUCUCUUCUUUAAGAUGUCUUAAAGUAUGUUCUGGUAGUCUUGUGGCUGACUCCACUUGCUGUUGAUAUUGCUCUAAUGAUGCCAUAGAAAUUAUGUCUGUUACCAAUUUUCAAGAUGCUCGUCAAUUGUGUUAAUGUGAUAGGACAUAGGCUGUUUCCUUGUCCUCUCCCUGUGACCUGACAACUGGUCAAGACAUAGAUGUAUGAUAUUAAGCAAAUAACUGCUUAUUGUAAAUUUUCAUUGAUAAUGAUAUGAUUGCACAAGCCUGUUGUAUAGGAACAGUUCACUGGAACAUCAAAUUGAUUCUGCAAAUGACGCUAAUAAAUCAUGAUGCAAUUAGUUUGAUAAUAAUAAACAGAAUAAUUGUACAUAUUCUUCCCAAAGAAGAAUAUUCUACCCAGAAUUCUGUUGAACAUCCGGCCUGUUGUUCAUGUUUCAGUCAAUGCUUUGUGGUUUGAUCUCUUGAGAACAUUUUGAUUAUUUUCCAAAAGAUCUAGAUACAGAUUGUAAAGUUACUGAGUCUGUUUAUGUGUUUUGUUGGUCUUAUUGUCCAAGCAUGGAGAGGCUUGUACAUACACAGCCAGCGACAGGCUGUCAACUCAACACAGCAGUAGCAGACUAUCCUGUGGACAGAAACAUUGUUAUAUUUUACGUGCCAUGUACAAUGAGUACAUGAGGCCCAUACAUCUCUAUUUUAGAAACAUUUGUGAGAUUUCUUGUUGAUCUCAGUGAAGUCUAUGUGUUUUUGUUAUCAUAUUCCCAGUCCAUUCCAUAAUUACCCAUACCUCAACAUGAUUACAGUCAGCCAGUCAGUGUGUUCCCAGACUCCCGGGUCAUUCACAGUCAUCAGUAACUCACUGGAUUAUGUCCUCAUACCAUCAUCAGAUUCUAAAACACGAACAUACAUGUGCCACAGUUGUCGGCUAGUUUUGGAUUAAUGUUGACAUUGAUAUGUUGUUUACAGUUAAUGAGCAGGAACAAUAACGGAAUGUUGUGAUUCUUGGCAAUGAUCAAAAUAAUAUGGACAGACAGAUCACUGAGGGCAUAAGAUGCGUACAUAGAAAUGCUAGCAUACUGGAAGACUAGUCAGAGUGGCUGCUGGGUAAUUUGUGACUGGCUCCAGCUGUCUGUAUUUUUGUCAAUGUUUGUGAUUCACCAUGUGCUUGUGUUGUGCUCAUCCUUCCCUCUCAUAUCCAGUCACAGAAACUGUCACAGAACUGUCACGGAACAAGCUAUGGAAGCAUAAUGGGCUCACACUAAAAACUUCUAGUUGAACACUAUGUAUAUAAAUAUGGCCAAUGGAAUUUAGAUUUUAUAUUUUUAUGGAAAAAAUGAAAUUUAGUGUAAACUGUUAAAAUUGCUUGAGUUAGGAUAGAUUGAAAUGUUUCAUGACUCUGCAAGGAGUUCACAUUUGUUUAGAUACGAGCUUGUGUGGCACAUCAUCGUCCUGGCAGAUUCCGAGGAUGGCGUGGCAUGUCACUGUGUGACUUGAUAUGGGGGGCUUCACCAGGGCUGUUGUGAGUUUUGUCAGUAGCAUCCAUGAUGAUCGUUAGUCUGCCCCACAAAGGGGAACUGGUACUGUCAUGCGCAGAGGGCAUUGCUGUGUUGCUAUGGAGAUGAGUGGCUGUUUCUGUACGAUUCUGCCCAGAAUAGUAGCCUUUGUGGGUACUACCCAAAAUUUGGGCCCUGUCAUAUCACUGCUUUGAAAAUAAAUAAGUACUGACACUUCA